AUGGUGGAGUUGGGCACAGAGCAGAGCAGUGACAUCGCCGUCACCACCACUGACCCCAUGGAGGUGACACCAGUGUCCCACAUGCAAGGGACCUUGGAGAUGUCCAACUCUGGGCCACGAGAUGGGGACAACCAGCCUCCUCCACCCCACCCCCACCAGGAAACCGACCAGCUGGAAGAAGAAAAAGCCGAACUGGAAUCGGAGAUCGCCGAACUCCAGAAGGAGAAGGAACGCCUGGAAUUCGUCCUGGUGGCUCACGCCCCAGCCUGCAAGCUCCCCUACGAGGAACCCCCACCUUUGGGUUCCGGCCCCGCCGAGGUGAGCACCUUGGGCAAGGAGGAACCGCCGGGGCCCGUCGCCUUCCCGUACCAACCGGGCACCCAAGGUCCCUUCCCCAGCUGCUGCUUCGCGCCGGGGGUCCCCCCGAUGCCACCUAACCCCUCCUAUACGUCUUCGUUUGUGUUCACCUACCCAGAGGGAACCACCUGCGGAGCCUCGCAUCAGCGGAGCAGCAGCAGCGACCAGUCCUCGGACUCCUUGAAUUCUCCCUCGCUCCUCGCGUUGUGAAUGGGUUGCGUCCCACCCCCCCUAAAAAAAAAA